AUGGAAGCAAAAAUAAUUAUUUUUUCCGUGAUUUUUCUUUUAAAAAUAACUCCAUAUUUAUUUGAGGAGCGUGAAUUCGAAAGUGCGCAAAUAGUAUUGUUCUACUCGCCAUUGGGCGAGAGCAGAGCAAUCAGAGGGCAGAUUGUUAUCUAUUGGUUCGUUGAAGAAUUUGUAAAAGGCGAUUUUUUGGCGCUUUAUUAUAACUCGGAAGACGAAUUGCUUUUUACUUAUCAACCUGCAGAAAUGAGCGGUUAUGUGAAAACAGGAGUGUCGCCUUCGAAGGAAUAUUAUUCGAUGGAUUCUACUUAUGUUGAACAGUGCACAGGGUACAUUGGAGCUUGGUUUAGAAAUGAUACUCUAAGAAAAUCUUCUUGCCUGUCUACACAUCCCGACUGGAUGAAUAAACAUCAGGAUAUUUUGAUGAAUAUGACGCUUAGGGAGUUGUUUAUCCCAGGUACUCAUAGUUCUGGAUCGUACAGUGAAGAAUUGCCGCCAACAAUUAUUCAACGAUACACAAUUACACAGGAGAAGAGUAUUCUAGAUCAGUUAAUUUCGGGUAUCCGUUACCUGGAUCUAAGACCUUGUAUUAUUGAUGACGAAUACUGGAACUGUCAUGGAGAAUACGGUAUUCAACCUUUUGGAAAAAUAAUAGAUGAUAUUCUAGAAUUUAUCAUCAAUACUAACGAAAUAAUUAUCGUCGGCUUUAAAGAAUUUCCACGAGGAUUUUAUACGAACAAGAAUUACGAUGAUUUUUUGAUCUACAUCACCAAAAACCUAGGAUCUCAUCAUAUCUUUCCCUAUCCAAUAAGCAAGAACAUAACUCUAGGUGACGUUUGGCAAGAAGGGAAAAGGAUUAUAAUAUCUUACCUUGGAGAGUACAACGGCGAAAGAGAUUUAUUAUGGACCAAAGUACAUCACCAGUGGGGUAAUGUUCAAAAUGCAGCACAACUCGAAGGAUUCAUUACUAGUUCGGAAAAUGACGCCAAAAUAAGCACUUUGCGAGAUAUUCAAUAUGCGAGCCUCAGAGCGAUGAUGGCGGUGAUAACAUUGGAUUCUUCAAUGAUAAUAGUAGAUGCUGCGCUUCAUUAUUUUGGACGCGGUAGAAAAUCAUUGCGAGAACUCGCUGUUGAAAUUGGCCCUUUAAUUACCAUGUGGUUUAACGAAGAACACUUUAGAACAGCAAAUAUCGUGGCGGUUGAUUUUUCUGAUACCACUGGACUCGUCGAAAUCGCUAUUAGAAGCAAUAUUAAUCGCGGGUCAAAAAAUUUAUAG